CGGUAGUGGAACACCAACGAUACCGCAAUCACGAUAACCUCAACACGAACAACCAUUGAUCUUUUCGAGGGGUUUUUGUCUUCCCGACAACAUUUUAAGUUACACGGGUUCUUGCAGGCAAAAUGAUGGCCUGCUGUUUGUCGGAAGAAGCUAAAGAACAGAAACGUAUCAACCAGGAAAUCGAACGCCAGUUGCGAAAAGACAAACGCGAUGCCCGACGAGAACUUAAAUUACUGCUGUUGGGGACGGGAGAGAGCGGGAAAUCAACAUUCAUUAAACAAAUGAGAAUUAUUCAUGGGUCGGGCUACGACGAUGACGACAAAAGAGGGUUCAUCAAGCUCGUCUAUCAAAACAUCUUCAUGGCAAUGCAAUCCAUGAUCAAAGCGAUGGAUAUGCUCAAGAUUUCAUAUAAGGAUCCGACAAAUACGGAAAACGCACAACUGGUGUCAUCUGUCGACUACGAGGCCGUCACGACAUUUGAAAAGCCUUUCGUCCAGGCUAUUCAAAAGUUAUGGGCCGACCCAGGAAUACAAGAGUGUUACGACAGACGACGGGAAUACCAAUUGACGGAUUCUGCCAAAUACUAUCUUUCCGACAUAGAGCGCAUUGCUCGAAGGGACUACCUGCCUAGUCAACAAGACAUUUUGAGGGUCCGAGUGCCAACAACAGGAAUCAUUGAGUAUCCAUUCGAUCUUGAUUCGAUAAUCUUCCGCAUGGUCGACGUCGGAGGACAACGUUCCGAAAGACGAAAAUGGAUCCAUUGUUUUGAGAACGUGACUUCGAUUAUAUUCUUGGUUGCUCUCUCUGAGUACGAUCAGAUUCUAUUCGAAAGUGACAACGAAAAUCGCAUGGAGGAGUCGAAAGCCCUGUUCAAGACAAUUAUCACUUACCCGUGGUUCCAGAACAGCUCGGUCAUAUUGUUCUUGAAUAAAAAGGACUUGCUCGAGGAGAAGAUCACGUACUCACACCUGGUAGACUACUUCCCGGAGUACGAUGGACCCAAGAAAGAUGCUAUCCAUGCCCGGGAGUUCAUUUUGCGGAUGUUCGUCGACUUGAAUCCGGACUCGGAGAAAAUCAUCUAUUCGCAUUUCACAUGCGCUACAGACACCGAAAAUAUUCGCUUUGUCUUCGCCGCUGUGAAGGACACGAUCCUUCAACUCAACCUGAAGGAGUAUAACCUUGUCUGA